UUCAAUUCAUUGUAUUUAUAUUAUAAGUAUUUUCGUUGGGAUUUUAAUUCCAUCUGUAGCAUGUAUUGGUAAUGAUUCGGAGGCAAUAUUUCAAAGAGUUUGCGGGGAGGAGACAUUCAUGCCACUGACCAUAUUUCAGGUCGUUCCGGUCAGGGCUUUAACGGAGUGUAUUUGCCUCUGCGUUUUUAAUCAGGCGUGUGUUUCAUUCAAUUUCGGAGGGUCGAACGACGCAUUUGAAUGUCAACUAAGCACUGAACCAAUGGUCUCGUGUGCUGCAGCUGUACCGAAACCAACUUUCGGUCAUUGGCGAAAAAUGAGUUCUUUGGAUUCUACGUCAACUGAAGUUCCCAUUACGAGUGUUCCAACCACAACGGUUGAUAGCUGUCCGGGUUCCGUUGAAAUUGAAUCUGCCGCCACGUACGACAACGCAAUCCAGCUUGUUGACGUAAACAACAAGUAUUACACAGCAAAUGUCAACGCCGAUGGAACGUUGGUCUCGCUCUCGGGUGGAAGUAAUGUGGACCAUAUUUUUGGCGGAUUAAUAGAAGUGUUUCUCAUGCGAGAAAUUAACGACUAUGAUCAUAUAAUGGAUAGCGCUGAUGACGUCACUCUUUUCUUUAACGGUAAUGACGUCCACUGUAUGGACACGGGAUGGCAAACUGACGGACUUUCCAGUAAAUGCACUGCCCAUGGGUCUUGGACACAAACAAUAGCUGGUGUGUAUGGCGUAGGAAUCCCAUCAACGAUAAAGGCAGCCGUAGAAGCUACCGCCACAAGAGCGUACUUGUUCGAUGACGUCAACGUGUACAUAUCUGAUCGCCCUGGCACAAGCGUAUUGGCGGGAACGCUUACCGAUAGCUAUGGUAUAAGAGACACACGGGCUGACAACCUCUGGGUUGGAAUACCAAGUGGAAUAACUGCUGUUUCAGGCACACACGACAGUGACAAGUUCAUCUUCUUUGUUGGAAAGGAAUACUACGUUUACGAUACGAUAACUAAACAGAUCACGCUUGGACCACUAUGUGUCGGGAACUAGAAUGGUAUGUCCAAGGCCUUUAAGUAGAAAAAACUAUGGUGAUAUAACUGAACACCUCUGCACUUAGGUUUCAAUACACCGUUGGAAAGCUGAAAGGGUCAGCUUUAAGAAUCUGACCUCCAUUUGAAUGUUUAGUGAAUGAAAAAUGAAAAAUUAACCCUUUCAUCCAAAAGGGCUAAUUUAUUAA